AUGGAGAAAUCACUGGCCGUGGCCCACGCGGAAGAUCUUCCCAUUGAGCCCAAUGAGAAGCUCGCCAUCAAUGAGGUUGCUGACAAGGCCAAGCAGGGUGCCGAGGCCGAGCACAACCUGCAUCCUCUCAAGGCUCUGCGCCUCUAUCCCAAGGCCAUCUUCUGGUGCCUAGUUGUGUCUGCCUGUGUCAUUAUGGAGGGUUAUGAUACAAACCUCUUGAGCAACUUCUACGCCUACCCCGAAUUCGCUAAGAAAUACGGCCACUUUAACGAGGCAACCAACAAUUAUCAGCUCUCAGCCCCCUGGCAGGCUGGUUUAGGCAAUGCUUCCAACGUCGGCUCCUUCUUCGGUACUCUUCUCAAUGGCUAUCUCGUUCUCAGAUUCGGUCACGUUAAAGUUAUUCUGGGCUCCUUGGCUACCAUGAGCGCUUUCGUCUUCAUUGUCUUCUUUGCGCCAAACACAAAAGUCCUGCUUGUCGGCGAGUUGCUGUGUGGCCUGCCGUGGGGCAUCUUUGCCACAACCGCGCCGGCAUAUGCUUCCGAAGUCCUACCAAUGACUUUGCGUGUGUACUUGACCAGCUGGACCAACAUGUGCUUUAUCAUUGGUCAGCUUAUCUCGGCCGGUAUCUUCGCUGGCCUCGUCAACAAUACGACUGAGUGGUCUUAUCGGAUUCCUUUUGCCGUCCAGUGGGUUUGGCCCGGCCGCCACGAAGAGGCCAAGGAGUCGUUGCGAAAGCUCCGAUCAAAUCCCUCCGAGGAAGAGCUACAGGAGAGUCUCAACUUGAUUAUCUACACCAAUAACCUAGAAGAACAGCUUUCUGUCGGCACAUCGUACUGGGAUUGCUUUAAGGGCUUUGAGCUUCGCCGAACUGAGAUUGCCUGCAUGGUGUUUGCCGGUCAGGUCCUUUCCGGUAUCAACUUUGCCUACAACUCAACCUACUUUUUCCAGCAGGUUGGUCUCACCACAGAACAGACCUAUCACCUCGGUGUCGGUGGAAACGGCAUGGCUCUGUUUGGCACCAUCGUGUCUUGGGUCCUCAUUAUGCCUUACUUCGGACGUCGUACGACAUAUGUUGUUGGCAUGGGCGUCAUGUCGGCUAUCCUCAUCAUCAUUGGCGGCCUCAACGCUAAAACAAGCAACCACCACGUCGGCUUGGCCCAGGCCAUCUUGACAUUGGUGUGGACCUUUGUCUUCCAGCUAUCAGCCGGUCAGCUCGCUCGUAAUGCGUACGCUGUCACUGGUAUCGUCGCCGGUGUCUUGCAGCCAUAUUUCAUGAACCCGACGCAGUGGAACCUCAAGGGCUACACUGGCUUCGUCUGGGGCGGCACUGCAUUCGUCACCUUUGUUUGGGCUUAUUUCCGGUUGCCAGAGUCCAAGGACCGGACAUAUGAAGAGCUGGACAUUUUGUUUGCCCGCAACGUUCCAGCAAGGAAGUUUGCCAGCUACAAGAUUGAUGCCUUCCAGAACGAUGCUCUGCCAUAA